CGUUUUGUAGUAGGAGUAGUAAGAGUAGCAAUAAUAGGGCUUGGCAGUGUAUUUAAUCAGUCUAUGAUUACGACUUGUGGAGCGUCCAGAGUGGCGCGAUUUUUUUUCUAAAAUGGUAUCGCUCAUUUGCUUUCAAUGGCUGGUUUUCGAUACAUUAGUAGUGACAAUAUUUGCGGGAUUGCCAGGAUAUGAUUCAAAAAUCGAAGCAGAUGAUUUAACAACAAAAAUGCGUGCCAUUAGUAAAGAUCUUGAUCAACAGCUUCAGAGUAUUAUGGCUUCACAAGCCGUAAAUUUUACAUCCGUGAAUACAACGGGGUUGUCCUACAACGCCACCACGAAGUUUAAUCCGAAAGGCAUGGGACAGCUAUAUAAUGUCACAAACAUGUUUAUAAAUAUUAUUCAGUCAAAACAGGCUUAUCCAGAUGGACUGAUUACAGUAAAAAAUGGAUGGUUGGAGUUUGCCGACCCAAUAAAACAGUGGAAAAUACUAGUAAUUCAUUACGGUGGGCUUGGUGGACUCACUAUUAUCGGCAUAAUCUUUGCUGCCAUUAUCCCUUUUAUUGGUUUAUUCUUUUGUUGUUGCCGAUGUGCUGGCCAUUGUGGGGCAAGAAGUCAGCCAUUUGACAAAAAACACGAUCAUUGCCGAAAAAUAAUGCUCAACAUUCUUAUGAUUGGAGUGUCUACGAUUAUACUAUUCGGCGUUGUUUGUGCUUUUGUGACGAAUGAACAAAUGCAAGAGGGCACUGAAAAUUUACCUAGUAGAGCCAAAACUAAUCUCAAAGAUGUUGAGCUAUAUCUCACUACAACUAAAAAACAAAUUAGCACUCUGCUUACAACAAAUUAUAAUGAACUUAAAAUCACGCUCAAUAAUAUUCUUCAAGCAAGUGGAAAAAUUGUUACUGAGGAACUUGCAGCGUAUUCUCACGCUGUAUCACUGACUAAUUUAAAUGACAUUGUUUCUGGUUUAGAUGCUAUUAGACAAGAUCUUCGAAUGAUAGAUAAACUGACCCGAGACUUAAGAACUAAUGCAAGCCAAUUAGAUAUAGUCGUUCGAGGUGUUAAAAAAAGUUUGUUAGACACAUUAACAGCAUGUAAAAAUCAUGAAUGUCAGCAAGUAUUACACGACUAUAAAAUUAAUCAGAUGUCAAUACAAGUGGACUUUGACAAACUACCUGACGUAUCAUUAGCACUACGUAAUAUAACAUCACUCAUGGAAGGAAAUAUUGUAUCAGAAGUUAGUGCAGGCAGAGAAUCUUUUCUGAAGAUUCAAAGAGAUAUACAACAGGCUGUGAACGAAACGAUACCUGUUGUUAGUGCAAGUAUCGAAAAUGCCGGACACUCAUUGGCUAGUGCGUCUAAUAACAUCACUUCUCUUAUUGAUAAGAUCAAUAAGGAUAUUAACAAAGUAUAUAUUCCUUAUUUAAAAAUUGCUCAAGAUAACAUUGAAGGAUACUCAAUUUACAGGUAUUAUCUUGGUCUUGGAGUUUCUAGUGUAUUAUUAACAAUACUUACUUUUUUGACAUUUGGAUUAUUAUGUGGUAUUUGUGGCAAGCGUCCUGAUGGUUUUGGAGAUGAUUGUUGCAACAAAGGAACUGGUGCGCGCUUUCUUAUGAUGGCUGUAUGGAUAAUAUUUCUAUUGACGAGUGUUUUAAUAGUUAUAACUUCAGCUCAUAUGAUUAUGGGAGUUAUGACUCAUCGUGCAGUUUGUGAGCCUUUACAAAAUCCUAAUGAAAAUCGUAUGUUUGGAUUGAUUGAUGAGAUAGUUCAAGUUAAGCAGUUACUUUAUCCGAAUAAUUUAGAGGCAGAUAUUAAUAUAACUUGGAUUGUAACUAAGUGUCACGCGAAUGAAACAUUAUAUAAGGUUUUGAAAUUAGAAUAUUUAAUGGAUUUAGAUUCACUUAAAAAUUUUGUGGAGCGUUAUGCAAUUAGUAGUACAAUUGAUCAAUUACGAGAAAUGAUAAAUCUUUCUCCAGGAAUUGUGAUACUUACAGAAAGUGCUACAUCAAAGUUAAAUGACUUAGCUCAAAGUGGCUUGAGUGACAUAAAAUUUUAUCAGUAUGCAGAACGUUUGAAAGGUAAUAUAACAAAUGUUAAUUUAGAACAUCUUGGAAAUGAAUUACGACGAAUCGCCACUGCAUUGCCAAGUAAUCAAGCGAACAUCAGCGAUAGCCUCCUAAAAAAUGCUCAUGAUUUAGAACAUUAUCAUAGAGAUUUAAUUUUACCCAUGACAUUGUUAAGUGAACAACUUAGUACAAGUGCUCUCACACUUCAAGAACAUAUCAAAUUCAAUCAUGGUUCUAUGUCAGAAGCAAUUCAUAGUUUAGUAAAUGAAGUAAUGGUAGCUCAACAAUUUCUAAACAAAGAUGGUCCAAAAUAUGUACAAAUUCUUGCGACGAAGUUUGGAGAUGCAUUUCUUCAUCAAGUGAAUGAUUUUUUGGAACACUUGAUAAAAACUGCACGUGAUACGAUAGGUCGAUGUAGUCCUGUUUCUAAUGCUUACAAUGCUACAAUUGUAGCUGGCUGUAAUAAAAUUCUUGAUCCAUUUAAUGGAUUUUGGGUGAGUGUGGGUUGGUGUCUUAUUUUAUUUCUGCCAACCAUAGUCUUAUGUGUUAAAUUAAGUGCAUUAUACCAGAAGUCAGAUCCUUACCCAGGACCUCUUGUUGAGUCUGUACAUGACAAAAAUCAUGAAUGCCAUAGUAGAAGUUCUAAUAUGUAUGUCGAGAGUUAUGAUAGUCCUUCAGCAGGAGUGUACACUGGACCAGCAAGAGCUAUUGAAGCUCAUCAAAGAAGUUCUCACUAUAAUUCACGAUACUCCGAUCAGUCAUCUAAGAAUUUUUCGAAUAGCGGACCACCUAGAUAUCAAGUGACUCCAGGAGCUCCACCUCUAAGACCGGAGUACGAAAGACCACCCCCUUAUUAUUUUCCAGGAUCUGGAAAUCGAAAUUAAAUUAUGUUCCGUCACAUGUACUGAAGUUACCUUCAACAACGUUACUGUUAACAACUAAGUUCUUCAGUUAUAAGAAAUCAUUAAAAAAAAUAAGGAAUAUAUUAAUGAAGUAAAAUAUUCAACUGUUAAGUCUAUUCUACAAGCGUGUCACGACUAUCGAAAAUAUUCAGAAGCCUAUGUGAUGAACUCAGAUAAUAAUUAUGAAAAUAGAAAUUAAAAAAGAACAAAUGAUUUUUUUAGAGUAUUUUUUAUCUAAAGUUAUGGAUUUAAAAAAACAUGGCUUUAUAUUUUCUGUGAAAUUCAGAAUUUUCUAAUACUUUCAUGAACAAAAAUGAAUUAUCAGUUAUUAUGUUGAACAUAUUUCACUUAAUACAAUAAUGAACAAUUGGAUUGUAAAUCAAUUGAUUACUCAUUUUUGAAACCAAUUUGAAUUUCGAGUUCAGAGAUUUAAAAAAAGAAAACUAAAUCCCCGAUAUGAUGGUCUAUAGUAGUCUUAAUUGAAAAGUAUCAUCGGCAUUUCACCCCCAUACUAAUGAAAUAGGUUUUUGUUGAUACUCGAGCAUAUAUACUUCUAAUAAUUUCUGUAAAAGGGGUGAAAAUUCGAGGCGCACUCUUCUAUUGGGACAACUAUAAAGAAUUUUCUAGACUAACCCUACAGCGGUAAACUCCAAAAACCAUUACUUUUUGCUCUUGUAUCAUCUAACUGAAUUUAUGUAUGAAAUAAAAAUAUAAUAGCUAUAAUAUAAUAAUUAUCAACAGAUGAUAGCCUGUAAAAAAAACAUGUUCCAUACGCCCACGAAAAUGAAUCGAAGCAAUUUUGAAAACCUGUGAAUCGUAUUUGGCCGAUUGUAGGAAAACUAAUACUUUUAAAUUAUCACUGUAAUACGUAUACAUGUAUAACGACAGCAACAUUCAAAAAGGGUUCGGCAUUUUUUUAGGCUUAACGCAUACAUAACAUGCAUUUAUUUUUAAAGUAGUAUAUGGAUGGGCACCCGAGUAAUAUCAAUCGAUACGAAACGAGAUAACUUAGAUUUUUAGAUAAGAAUUAUAAGGUGCUUUCCGAAAAUUUAUAAAUAGUCAGUGAUAAAAAAAUAAUUUUUUUCUUUUAUUUCUACAAAAUGAUAAGACUUACAUCGUUAAUGUCCACGGACCAAUAAUAUUGAUUUUUAGUUUAUCAAUUUUAUGCCGAUCAAUGAUAAUUAAUAGAACAUUAGCCAUCAAAAAUUGAACUUUAUAAGCAAAUGAGGCUAAAGCUUGAAAAAAAUGUUAUUCUGCAAAACUUUUCACAUUUAAAGAUAGCGAUAAUACAAACAUUUUGACACCUAAGCCGACUUCUUAUCUCAAAAAAUCCAUUUUUUACAAGCAAAAAAAUUUUUUUUUUAAAUUCAUAUACCCGUAAAUAUACAUGCUAUGCUACACAGUGAUGUGUCAAGUUGCUCUGAAAAUUUCAAAUUUUGAUUUAUAUUUCAUACUAUUUUUUUUUAUAACUUGAAAAAGACAUAGUAAAUAAAAAAAAUUAGUAAUUUAUCUCCGCACGCUCUUGAGCGUGUUCAUCAAGUUCAUAUGACGUCAUUCUCACUCAUAUCGUAGAAUAUAAAAUUCAAGAGUGACUAAUAAACAGAGUCAUACAAAUAAUAUCAGCACAUCGAGUGAGCCUCCCCCUCCCCCCUCCCUGCCAUACAGCAUUCAUGAGUGUUGAAAGCGCGCGGAGAAACGGCAGUAACGUUUAACAUUGAUCACAAAUUGCAUAAAUAAAAUAUUUCUACAAAAAAGGCUAAAAUCAUAAAAACUCUAAGUAACUGGAGUUUCUCAUAAUUAAAAAAAAAAUAAAAUUUUUUUGGGUGCAACUGAGGGGUAACUAAAUUUUUCAAUGACGUCGAUGCAACGGAUGUGUAACAGUAAUAGUCUGUGCUCACAAUUUCCGCACACAUGUAAAAGCGGUAACUGAUAGUAUUCAAAAUAUAUAAAUAUACAAUUUUAAGAUGUUAUCUUUUAUAUUUAAAUUUAUUUUUGUAUAUUGUGCAAUUCAAUACUAGUAAUAAUAAUUAUGUUAUUAAAAAAUAAAUAAUUAAUAAUAAAUAUGGAUGUCACAACGUUUGUUUUAUCGCUAUUUCGGAGUGUACCAAAGUUGACCAGAGUGAGUGUAUUAAAGAAACUGAGAGGCUCUCACCAAUUUUUAUCUAAACCUCUUCAAUAUUUUGUUUUGUUUUGAUUUAUUCCUAAUAAAAUUUUUCGGAGCCAUUUCGAUUCUAUCUUGUCGAAACUGCUUCCUUUACUAGACCAAAAUGGGAAAUCUUUCAUUCACGUGUUCAUAGAUCAGUAUUUUAGUUCUUACCUUUUUAACACAGAUUAAAUAACGUGGAAUAAAUAAUAAUUGUACUGCGAAUUUCAUAUUCCACCAUUAUAAAAUUGUUGAUAUUGAAUACAUAAUAUCGAAUUCAAAGAACUUAUAUGCUAAUGAAAUUUUACUUUUCAGAAUAAUGGAAAAUCUAUAAGGCUUUGAAAAGUAUUAUCGUUGAUAGGGUCAAGUUGAAAAAUAUAAAACAUUCUUUUUAUAAAGUUUCCAUACCCGAUGAAAAAUAAUUUUAUCUGAUUAUAUAUGAGUAUAUACGAGAAUCUAUGAUUAUAUAUGAGUGUAUAUAUAAUUAGAUCUGAUCUAGCCUGGCUGAUGAAUGCUAGGUAUAAUCAUAUAUAUCAGACUAUAUAUGACUAGAUCUAAUUAUCUGGUUUUUUAAUAGGUAUACAAGGAAAUGUCAGAAAAUAGAGGAAAUCUAAAAUGCAAAGUUGAAAAACUGUCCAAUUUGGCGUGGAAUGUCCCAUAUAUAUUACAUAAUCCAACAAUUUUAAUAUUAAUGUUAUUAAAUUUCUAUUUUGUCAACUAUCAAUCAAACUUAAAUCCUCAUUCAGAUCUGACCAAUAUUCUUAUGGAGUCAUACAUAAUUAUAUAUAAUUGUAUAAAAAUUUAUUUUCAUCGGGUAAUCAUGAUAUAGAUAUUUGAUAUAGAUAAUUUAAUAGGUUAAAUGCUCUCUAUGAGUUUGUGAGAUUAUGAACUUUGUCGAUGAAUUUAAAAGUAUAUACAAUCAUGCUAACUUAUUUUAAGUAAACUUAUCAAUAUUCUCAAAUCAAAAAAUAAUUUGAAUCUACUUUUUAUACUGAAUAAUUAAUUUUAUUUACAAAUUUGAGGCUGUAUAUAUGUAUUGCUUUUCAAUAAAUGUUUUUAGAUAA